CACCAUUACACCUCCCUACUGCCUCGCUACCACCACAAUCGCAUACAACUACUCCCGGCAUCUCUCACACCUCGCAUCUCGCUCACACAAUGUCAGCCACACCGGGCGGCGAUGCCCGGAGGAAGGCAGAGAUUGAGGCAAAGAGGGCAAAGUUGGCAGAGCUCAGGAGGCAGAGGGAGGAGAGGAGCGGUCGACUGCAGAGCGGAAGGACCGCAACCUCGUCGGCAGGCGCAGCCGCAGGACCUAGCAGCGAGCCCUCUGCCAUCUUGACUGGAGGCACAAGCGCCCGCAAGGACCUCGAUGAUCUAGUAGCCAAUCUCGUUGGCAGCCCCUCCACUCCUUCUGGGCCAAGGUCCGCUAGACCGAGCAUGCUACCGCAGAUUGGCAGCUCCUACUCUAGUCCGAGAAAGAGCGUUGCUGCCGGACCAGGGAUCGGUAGUGGCAGCGAAUUCGGAGGAUCAGAUUCUGUCAUGGGCCCAGGAACGACCCUUGUCAGUAAGAACGAGGGAGAAGGGGAGGCAGCUGGACCUAGUGGUCAGUCGUCGAUCAGGGGAUUGCCAGACCUGGUGGAUGAGGAGACGGAGCUAUUCGAAUACCCACAGAAGGAGAGAGUGUACUAUACCAAGGAGGUCCAGACGAUGUCGACGUGGACAGAUGAGGCAGGUCAAGAUGGUACAGACGUCGGGCCGGGAACUGAAAGCAGCACUUCAGCAGUCUCGGCUGCGACAGAGGCAGCCAUCAGGCGGAAGAUCCUCGAGGAACAAGAGCUGGAACGCGAGAGGCAGGCACAGGAGAGUCUCAAGAGGCAAGAGGAAGAGCUAGAGAGACAGUUGCAGGAAGAGCUGAGGAUAUUGUCACCCGAGGAGGCAAAAGCUAUCUUUGGCACCACAGACUUCUCAGACUUCGUAGAGAGCUCCUCCAAGAUCGUUGAAAGGGCCUUGACAGACGCCUAUGACUAUCUCAAAGACUACACAAUCGUCGGAAGUGCGGCAGACGUGUCAGAGGGGAGGGACAUCAAGCAGAUGCGCUGCUUUUGGGAUGAGAAGCUAUGCAAGGGGAGGAGUAUCACAGGCCUGGACUGGAGUAGCAAGCACCCUGAGCUCGUAGUAGCCUCGUACUCACGCUCCGAGCAAGGUGGGGACUCGCCAGACGGUCUGGUCCUCGUCUGGAACAUUCAUCUCCUUGAUAGGCCAGAGUUCAUCUUCGAAGCUCAAACAGAUGUGCUCUCUGCCGUCUUCUCACCCUUUCAUCCCAAUCUCGUCAUCGGCGGUACCUACUCUGGUCAGAUUCUGAUUUGGGACACAAGGGCAAAGCAGCUGCCUGUCUUGAAGACGCCGCUCGGAGCUGCAGGUCAUACCCACCCGGUGUACAACAUACAAGUGGUUGGCACUCAGAAUGCCAAUCACCUCAUCACUGCCUCCACAGACGGUCUGGUGUGUACUUGGAUGCUCGACAUGCUCGCCCAACCCCAAGAGUCUUUGGAUCUCCUCAAUUCAAAUCAGCCAAAGACGGACGAGGUGGCGGUGACCUGUCUGGAUUUCCCAGUGCAAGAGACGACCCAAUUCUGGGUCGGAACCGAGGAAGGUAACAUCUAUCUGGCCUCUAGGUUCGACCGAGCUGGCUCCAAGGCAGGUCUCCAGCUCGGCGAGAUCUACAAGGGUCAUGCUGCGCCCAUCACUGGUAUCGACUUCCACAAGGCUUCUGCUCUGCAAGGAAGUGCAGAUUUCUCCGACCUCUUCUUGAGCUCCAGCAUGGACUGGACUGCCAAGCUAUGGAGAAUCAAGAGCAGCAAUUCCUCCUCCAAUGGCACAGGGAGCGGUCGAAGUGUCUCCUCCAGUCUCCCCUCUGGAACCUCUACUCGUCUUGGGCUAAACUCGAGUUCCGUCUCUUCCUCCUCAUCUGAAAUCGUUCCUCUUCUCUCCUUUGAGGAGACGAGCGACUAUGUAAUGGAUGCGAAAUGGCACCGUACCAGCCCUUCCCUCUUCGCUCUAGCAGACGCCUCGGGUCAAGUGCACCUCUACAAUCUCCUCCGCGACUCGGAACGACCCCUAGUCAGCUCCUCCCUCUCCUCACAAGGUCUCAACAAGCUCAGCUUCGAUCGAGGUGCAGCAGGGAAAUACCUCGCAGUGGGGGGUGUAGAUGGGAGGGUGCACGUAUUGGAAAUUGCAAGCGUGGUGGGAAGCGUCUUUGGGAGUGUGGAAAAGGAUGCACAGGAGAUGCAGAGGCUUCUGAGUGCUAGUACGAGAUCUGGAUCGGGGGUGGGGAAUGCUUCGGUCAGAGGUGGAGGGACGAAUGGAGUGCUGGGUUUGUGAAGGCGUGCAGAGCCUAAGGGGAAAGACAAUAGAUAAUGAUACCAUUCGUUCUUGUGAGGUGCAGCUCUAUGAGGGAUAUAAUUGUGAACAGGAGCAGUAGAUUAGACAGGCAGACG